AUGGCACCCCAAGCGGUUGCACUUGCUCUUGCGCUAACAUUUUUAUUUGCCUCCGCCGCCGCCACAUCUCGGCCAUCAUCAUCGCCGACCACCUCUCCGGCAAAGCCCGGCCCUGGAGCAGCUCCCAUUCCGGCAGCCAAAAAAGCGAUGCCUCCAAUCCCUCAUGCAGCACCGAAGGCGGCCCCCAAUGCAGUCCCGAAGGCGGCCCCUCACGGAGCCCCGAAGGCGGCCGCCAGGCCCAAUAAAACCUCCGCCGCUUCUCCGGAGGCCUCGGCGGCGCCUGGCCCUUCUGAGGAUAUAUCACCUGCUCCGGGCAAUUCCGAUGAGGUGCCAGCUGAUACACCACCCACAGACGGCGCCUCCUCCAUCAAGCUCUCCGUCGCUGCCGCCACUGCCGCCGUCGGGCUCUUGCUGUUUUAA